UGAAAUAAUAAAAAAAAUAAGAGAAAGCAAAUGUGUUGUAUUUUAAAGUUGUAGUGAAUGGUAUAUGGAGAUUUUGUUAGGUUUGAUUUGAUUAUGAUUCAACACUAAUACGCUCCAGCAAUAUACACCGACGCACACAAAGGUACCACUCUCUCUCUCUCUCUCUCUCCUUUCCUACUUUUUCAUUCUGCUAUUACCCGACGACAUACUCACUGCGGGCAAAGAUUCCGUCUUUGUCUAAUUGUCUUCCUUUUUUUUCUCAUACCCUAAAUUUUCCCGAGAAACAAUCACUGUAAUCCUGUUAUUUGUUUCGUUCAUGUAAACAGUUACUAUACUUUGCUGGGUCUUUUUUUUGUUUUUGUUUUUGUUAUUCUGGGGAGAUAUGGGAUGUUCUAGUUCGAAGUUAGAUGAUCUUCCGGCGGUUGCUCUCUGUCGGGAAAGGUGUAGAUUUUUAAACGAAGCGAUUAAGCAACGUUUUGCUUUUGCUGAAGCUCACGUUGCUUAUACGGCUUCUUUGAAGUUAUUUGGGCAGUCUUUGAACAAUUUCGUCGACCAUGAUUUUGGAGCUUCUCCGGGGGCGGCGUUGCCUCCUUCUCCUCCGUCUCCUAAUAAGCUUAAAAGUAAAGCGAUGGAUCCGGUUAAAGUCGGGUUGAGUUCACCCAAGAAAGAUUUUGUUUCUCACCGCCAUUCCCAUUCGAAUUCCGGGUCUCAUCUUCACUUCCAUUCUGAUUCAGAUGAAGAUGACUCCGGCGGGUCUUUGCACCAUUCCGAUCAUUCUUCUCCUUUGCACGACGAUGGAGAGUAUUUGCAGCAAAAUUACCCCAAUUAUGGUGCUUUUGAGACUGGGUCUUUCCCUGGUGGGUUUAUGCAUAUGAAUUUCAUGAAGAAGCAACCAACGCCGUCUAUCGUUUAUGAACAAAGGCCUAGGAAUCCAGAGAUAGUUUAUAUGGGUGAAUCUUCUUCGUCGUCUUCUUCCUAUCCUUACUCUUACGGAAGUAAUAUUAAUAACAAUCCUAGUUCUAGUUCAUAUCCUUAUCCGGGUUACCAAAAUUCCGGUGGUUUUAGUAGUUAUUCUUCUUAUUCGGGGACUGGUUAUGAGUCUUCACUGCAACCGUCGUCGACAGAGAAACCGCCGCCGCCUCCACCUUCACCGCGGAGAACUUCAGCUUGGGAUUUCUUGAACCCUUUCGGGAGUUAUGAAAACUACUAUCGUCCGUACACGCCGAGUGGGGAUUUGAGGGAGGUGAGGGAAGCUGAAGGGAUCCCUGAUUUGGAAGAUGAGAAUUAUCAACAUGAAGUAGUUAAAGAAGUGCACGGGGGUCAGAAAUUCGUUGAUAGCGGAGGAUAUUCAAAAUCCCCAGUUGAAAAUGAAGCUAGAAACGUUGUUAGUACAGAACCAGAGGCUUCACUUUAUCAGACCAGGCCUAGUGUUGGGGUUGAAAAUGAUAGGGUCGAAUAUGAGGUUCACGUGGUGGAUAAUAAAGUUGUGAGUGAUGAACGCGCCGCCGAGGACCGCGGUAAAGGUUCAAAAGGUCCUCCAAGUCCAAGGAAUGUUUUUGAGGUGGUUAACGAGUUACAGGCUCAGUUCGUUCGAGCAUCUGAGUCAGGGAAUGAAAUCGCCAAGUUGCUUGAGGUGGGAACACUUCCUUAUCAGCGUAAACAUGUUUCCAAGAUGUUGCAUGUAGUUACUCCUUCAAUAUCAUUAGUAUCAUCCCAACCAUCUACUUCUAGGACUGAUGAGUCAUCAUCUCCGGCUGACAAUACCGAUCCAGCUUUUCUAGAACUAAAUGAAGAAUUGGCCAGGAAACAGAAAAACCUUUCCUCUACCUUGCAAAAGUUGUAUAUGUGGGAAAAGAAACUCUACAAUGAAGUAAAGGCCGAGGAGAAGAUGCGGGUGGCUUAUGACAGGAAAUGCCAUAAGUUGAAACGGCUAGAUGAAAGGGGUGCUGAAGCAAACAAAAUUGAUUCAACCCGACAUAUGAUCAGGAGCCUAUCCACAAAGAUAAGAAUUGCAAUUCAAGUUGUUGACAAGAUAUCUGUGACAAUUAAUAAGAUAAGGGAUGAGGAGCUAUGGCCUCUGCUCAAUGAACUGAUUGAAGGGUUAAACAUAUUGUGGAAACGCAUGCUUGAAUGCCAUCGUAGUCAAUGUCAGGUGAUUAGAGAAGCCAAAAGUUUAGGUUCUAUUGGAUCUGGCAAAAAGCUCAGCGAUGAUCAUCUUAAGGCCACUUUGCAGCUCGAACAUGAACUUAUUAGUUGGACGGUAAGGUUCGCUAGUUGGAUAGGUGCCCAGAAGGGUUAUGUCAGGGCUUUGAACAAUUGGCUUCUGAAAUGUCUUUACUAUGAACCCGAAGUGACCGAUGAUGGAGUAGCUCCCUUCUCACCUAGCAGGGUAGGUGCACCCCCCAUAUUUGUAAUAUGUAAUCAGUGGUCACAAUCAAUGGAUAGAAUAUCUGAAAGGGAGGUGGUCGACUCCAUGAGGAUUUUUGCCAUGAGUAUGUUUCAACUUUGGGAACAAGAUAAGUCAGAAAUGCAUCGGAGAAUGAUGGCCAAUAAGGAUUUGGAGAGAAAGGCUAAGAACUUGGAUAGAGAGGAUCAAAAGUUGCAUAAAGAGAUCCAAGCAUUGGAUAAAAUAAUCAUUAUGGUCUCUGGAGAUGGUAACGGACUCUCAGUAGCUGGACAAGCUGUGUAUCAGAGUGACACUAGCAACAUUAGUUUGCAGGGUUGCUUGCAACGCAUUUUCGAGGCGAUGGAAAGAUUCAGUUCCGAGUCCUCCAAAGCCUACGAGGAGCUUUUGCAACGUGUUAAAGAAAGGUUUGCUCAAGAGUGCGAGAGAGUUUCAUAGGGCUGUAUGAAAAUGAAUCGUGGCUACAAUUGCAGUCUUGCUGUUUGAGAAAUGAAGCUUAAGUGGUUAAUG